AUGGCUGUAAUCCUACUGCGUUUACUAUUUAUAACUAUUUGCCUACCUUUUAUAGCUGCACAACAGACUAACGGUACUGUAUCUGUUGGUGCAUCACUCACAGCCACAUCCGAUGUGAAACCAUGGCUUUCAUCAUCUGGUGAAUUUGCCUUUGGGUUCCAACAAGUUCAAGGGAACGAUAAUUUCUUGUUAUCCAUAUGGUAUGACAAGAUACCUGAGAAGACGAUCAUCUGGUAUCCAGAAGAAGGUCGGAUGGUGCCUACAGGAUCCAAAGUUGAGCUACUUCGUGAAAGUGGACUCGUACUCACUGAUCCUCAUGGCACACAGAUAUGGAGAUCUGGAUCCAUUUCGGGUGUUGCAUCAGGUUUUAUGAAUGAUACAGGUAACUUCAUGAUUUUUGGUAGCAAUUCAAGCAAGAUAUGGAGUAGUUUUGAUUAUCCAGCAGACACACUGUUGCCGACUCAGGUUAUAUUGAGAGGUGGAAUGAUCAUUUCAAAAAGGAGCAAAACAAACUUUUCUGGCGGACGAUUCUUGUUUCAACUUCUUGAAGAUGGGAAUCUUGUUCUUAAUACUCGAGAUAUACCCACAGGUAAUGUUUAUGAUGCUUAUUAUAGCAGCGACACUUUUGAUUCCUCAAAUUCAACAAAUGGUGGUGAACAAGUGAUGUUUGAUACAACGGGAUACAUGUAUUUAUUGAGAAGAAAUGGCCAAGUAUUUACUCUAACUCCAAGAGGCUUACUUCCUUCUGGAGAUAAUUAUUACAGAGCUACUCUAGAUUCUGAUGGGGUCUUUAGACAAUAUUACUACCCCAAGAAUCCUAUUGGCAAUUCAAGCUGGGAGGUAAUAUGGUUUAAGCCAGAUAACAUAUGUUUUAGUAUAAGUGGGGGUCGAGAUAGUGGAGCUUGUGGGUUUAACAGUGUUUGCAGCUUUGAUGGUAAUUGGCCAAGCUGUGAAUGCCCACAGGGUUUCACAUUGCUUGAUCCAAAUGAUCCAAAUGGUGAUUGCAAGCCUGAUUUCACUCCAACCUGUGAUGAAGUUGAUUCAAAUAAUGCCGGAGACAUGUUUGAUUUCAUCGAGCUCAAUGGUAUUAAUUGGCCACAAUCUGACUAUGUGCACAUGAAACCAACUAAUGAAGAGAGCUGCAAAAGUUCCUGUUCUAAAGAUUGUUUCUGUGCUGUUGCAAUUUAUGCAAAUGCCCAAUGUUGGAAGAAGAGGUUUCCACUCUCUAACGGGAGGAAGGAAACAUCACCUCCUGCAAAGGCGUUUGUUAAAUUCCAGAAAGGUGAUCCUCGUCCUGGAACCCCUUCUCAGCUUCCAGCAAAAAAUAAGGAUCAGAAAAGUCUGAUACUUGUGGUAUCGACCCUCUUUGGUACAUCGGCGUUUGUAAACAUCAUAUUGAUCGGUGUGAUUUGUGUGGGUUUCUUUGUAAUUUACAAGAAGAAGGCUAGACAUAUAUAUCCAAGUAGUAAAUCUAUUGAAACCAAUCUUUCUCAUUUUACAUAUCAAGAUCUAGUCGAAGCUACAGAUGAAUUUAAGGAUGAAUUGGGAAAAGGAGCUUUUGGGGUAGUCUAUAAAGGUGUCAUAGGGAAACAGAUAGUGGCUGUGAAGAAGUUAAAUAGGUUGGUUCAAGAUGGUGAAAAGGAAUUUCAAACGGAGGUUGAUGCUAUUGCAAGGACUCAUCAUAAAAAUUUGGUGCAGCUUCUUGGCUAUUGUGAUGAGGGUGAGCAACGGCUAUUGAUUUAUGAGUACAUGAGCAAUGGCACUUUGGCAAUGUUUCUUUUUGGAGAAACGAGACCUACAUGGAAACAUAGGAGUUAUAUUGCUGUAGGGGUUGCAAAAGGACUCGCAUACCUCCAUGAAGAGUGUAGCACCCAAAUCAUUCACUGUGACAUAAAGCCUCAAAAUAUACUUCUUGAUGACUACUAUAAUGCUAAGAUUUCUGACUUUGGAUUGGCAAAGCUUUUGAUGAUGGAUCAAAGUCAUACAAACACUGGAAUAAGAGGAACAAAAGGAUAUGUUGCUCCUGAAUGGUUUAGGAACAUGCCUGUCACAGUAAAGGUUGAUGUCUAUAGCUUUGGAGUGUUGCUACUAGAGAUCAUUUCAUGCCGAAAGAGCCUGGUUUUGAGUGUGAUAAUGAAGGGGUGGCAGUUUUAA